AUGGCGUUACAGCAGGUCAGAGCUGUGAUGAACUGGUUGAAGAUGGAGAGUUUUGUUCUGUCUGCAAACCUUCAUGGAGGAGCUAUGGUGGCCAGUUACCCAUACGACAACAGCAACGGGGGCAGCGAGCUGGUGAGCGGGGCCAGCGUCUCCCCUGACGACGACGUGUUCGUCCACCUCGCCAAGGUUUACUCCCACAACCACGCCUCCAUGCACAACGGUGGCCGCUGCGACGACACCAGACCGUUCAUGGACGGUAUCACCAACGGUUACCAGUGGUACCCUCUGUCAGGUGGGAUGCAGGACUAUAACUAUGUGUGGGCUCAGUGUUUGGAGUUGACUCUGGAAGUUUCCUGCUGCAAGUUUCCUCCAGCCAAAGAACUUCCUGCUCUGUGGACGGACAACAGGAAGUCUCUGCUGUCCUACAUCCAGCAGGUCCACCUGGGGGUCAAGGGUCGUGUGCUCGAUGGCUCUGGAGUGCCGGUGCAGAACGCAGUGGUUGAGGUCAAAGGUCGCAGUAAUAUGUGUCCGUUCAGAACCGACCGACACGGAGAAUAUUACAGACUGCUGCUGCCUGGAAACUACAGCUUCACGGUGACGUAUCCGGGUCACAAGGUCUUAACGGAGACCCUAACCGUCCCGUACGGUCCCGAUAAAUACUCGGCCCUGAAACACGACUUCCUGCUACGAAGCAUCGCCACGACACCGGCGCCACCCCGGACUCACCCACCUCGGCUCGCCCCACCACCACCUGUAACCACACCUUACACCUGGAGGGGGGCGGGGCUUCUGUCGCCGGGCCCACCUGGGCGGCGCUGAGCCUGGCGGCGGGACUCCGAUUCCUGAUCGACUGAAGGAGGACGCGGGUUCGAUUCCCGCUGCGACACCCGACCCGAGUGUCUCUUAGCAACACUGAACUACAUCA